CUGAACAGCUGCGAUUGCCUAAAAUAAAAUUCAUACGGCGAUCAGUGUCUCGGGAAAACUACAAGCAGUAUAAUUAAUACUUAGCCUGAUUCAUUUUAACAAAAUGUCUGCACCACCCCCAUAUUCCCAGCAAGGCUACGCCCCUCCCGUUCAGCCAGGUUAUCCACCUCAACAAGCAUAUCCUCCUCAGGCUCAACCAGGCUACCCGCCUCCACAACAAGGCUAUGCCCCUCCACAACAAGGAUAUGCCCCUCCACCACAAGGAUAUGCCCCACCACCACAAGGAUAUACCCCUCAAGGACAACCAGGGGUGGUGGUGGUAUCAACGGCAGCUGCUCCUCAACCAACGGUAGUACACACUACAACUGUUGUGAAUCGGCGGAAUGAGGUAAACCAUCUACUGCAUUGCCUGAUAACGUUGCUUUUCUGGCCCUGGAUUAUCGUCUGGAUCAUUUUGUGCAUAACCGAAGGCUCAUAAGCAAUCCGUAUGAAGGUCGCCAAGAUAAUGUGUCACCGAACUUCGUAUUAAUCCAAUUGUGAUCGGUAAUUAGAAGCAAUGUAACCCGUCUCCCACUCAUAUACACCGAACUGCCUCCCCCUCCCCCAAUAACAUGUAUGCUUGUUAUUAUCAUGAGGCCAUAUUAAGACAGCACCAUGGUAUUACACAAACAGUUACACGCAGAGACCAACAUAACAGAAGGCCUACAGUACUUUCAUAUGGCUAUAAAUACAUCACCUUUUGCCUUUAUACGAUAAGACAAAUCCUUAGCGUAUAGUGGCCUGAAUUAGUUCGGUUUUUAGUUUUGCACUUGCUUGCUUUAAUGUUUUGCUUUAUAUACAGACUAGCUGCUUAGUAUAAAUUCAGUAAGACAGGCCAUUAUUCAGUUCAUUCAUUAUUCGUAGCGGAAGGUCAGUCGGCAUUGGUAUAUUUAUUUUUUUUUAGAAGGAAAUGGGGAAGGGAUAAUAGUGCAAUGAUGCAUUAAGCUAGUUUGGUUAGAAUGUGUAUUGAACAUAGGGCACAUUCUCCAAUUGGCCCCACCCCUCAUUCUAAUUCAUCAGUCACUGUUGAUGUAUUUUCACUCCAUUGUUGAAGAGAUUAAAACCAAAGAUACUAGAAAUACAAGAUAGAGUUCUCGCAUUGUAAAAAUGAGGCGGAAGUCGUGCCCAACGUAGGCGGCGCCCUUCUUUAUAACCAUGCAAGUUUCCUAUACUUCGUGCCCAACGUA